AUGAAAUCCUACCACAUGUCAAUGGAGAAAUAUCUCUUAAUCUGCCCUUUCCUCUUUCUUCUCAAUCCUCCAAUUUUGGCAUCUCCAACUUCCAUUUACGACGCCGUUUUCGAAUGUUUCCAAAACCACAAAUUCCCAAAACCCCAAAUUCCACAAAUCCUCUACAACCCCACAAACCCUUCAUUCCAAACCCUCCUCCAAUCCACCGUCAGAAACCGCCGGUUCAACACCACCGCCACCCCUAAACCCGCCGCGAUCAUCGCCGCCGCUGCCGAAUCCCACGUCACCGCCGCCGUGAUCUGCGCCGCCGCCGCCCAAAUCCCCCUCCGAAUCCGCAGCGGCGGCCAUGACUUCGAGGGCACUUCCUACGUCUCCGACCGGCCCUUCCUCCUCCUCGACAUGUCCGGUUUCCGGUCCAUCGCCGUCAGCCCGGCCGGCCGGACCGCCUGGGUCGACGCCGGCGCCACCCUCGGCGAGCUCUACUACGAAAUAUCUAAAAAAACCACCGGCCUCGCAUUCCCCGGCGGCGUCUGCCCCACCGUCGCCGCCGCCGGCCACAUCAGCGGCGGCGGGUACGGUAACCUGAUCAGAAAGUACGGACUCACCGUCGAUCACGUGAUCGACGCACGUGUCGUCGUCGCCGAUGGGAGGGUCCUGGACCGCGGGUCCAUGGGGGAGGAUCUCUUCUGGGCGAUCCGCGGCGGCGGCGGCGCCAGCUUCUGCGUGGUCCUGGCCUUCAGAAUCCGGCUGGUCCCGGUUCCGGCGACGGUGACAGUGUUCCGGGUGGAGAAAAGUUCUAUUGACGGCGGAGUUGAGGCUCUGUACAAAUACCAGCAGGUCGCCGGAAAAAUCGACGACGGCGUAUUUAUUAGGGUUGUCGUAUCGCCGGUGAGUGUGAAUGGGUCGGUUGUUGCCGGGACGCGUUUCAUCGGAAUGUUCGCCGGAAAUGCGAGUAGGGUUUUGUCGAUAAUGGAAUCGGAGUUUCCGGAGUUAGGGUUAAGGAUGUCUGAUUGCCGUGAGAUGCCGUGGAUCGAAUCCGUUGUAGAGUGGGCUGGAGUCAACGGCGUGACGUCACUGUUGGACAGGAAGCCUAACUCAGCUACAUUCGUAAAGCGAAAAUCCGACUAUGUGAAAAACUUGAUUCCCAAAUCCGGGCUAGAAAGCAUAUUCAAAAAAGUAGUCGAGCUUCGACAAGUCAUCAUCACAUUCAACCCGUAUGGAGGAGCAAUGAGUCGAAUUCCCGAGUCUUCCACGCCAUUUCCUCAUCGAGCGGGAAAUAUUUUCAAGAUUCAAUAUUCAGUGAGUUGGGGUAAAGAAGGCGAAGUAGCUACCCCGAAAUAUAUUAACAUGAUGAGACAACUAUAUAGUUUCAUGACACCGUAUGUUUCGCAAAAUCCUAGGGAAGCUUAUCUUAAUUAUCGAGAUUUGGACAUCGGCACAAUGGGCAACUCGGGGAAUAGCUACGAGCAAGGAAAGGUAUACGGAUUGAAAUAUUUUAAAGGUAAUUUCGAUAGGUUGGUGAAAGUUAAAACUGAAGUUGAUCCGAAUAAUGUCUUUAGGAAUGAACAAAGCAUUCCUUUACCACCCUUUUAAGGUGUUUGAGUUGAGAUUUGAAUAGUAAAGAUUUUGAAUUUGAAUA